GUGAAACGUACGGGCCCGGGAUGAGCGCGGAUACUCGCGGGCCAGCCUUCGAGCCUGGCUCCACUCGCAGUCUCACCGCCGUCGCGGGUGCAUGGCCGCACACCUUUUAUUUUAUUCCACACUUUUACUCAAACCCAACAUCGCCGCGUACUAACGACGACCACUGUCACUUUCGCUCUAGAUCCAUAAUUUUGUUUCAAACAUGAUAACGCAGUGAAUUUUAAGUGUUUUGGACUUGUUCAACAGCAGGACUCCAAGGACCGAUAAUGCCCCAAUGGGCAAGUGGCGAGGGGGGCGGAUCAGAGGCCGCCUCGCCAGAACAAAUGGUACUCUACUACGAGGACGAAGCUGCUGAAAGUUCGGAGUAUUUCGAAAAACAGCUGGAUAUUCCGGUCAAAAUUGAGCAAGCUGGAGACUUUUACGACAGUGGAAGUGGCAGCGACGAGCAAGUCGCUCAGCGGUCGAGUCGACCACGGCGGCGAGCUGCUGCUGGCUCCUCCUCCUCCGCCAGUGCCAACGGACCGGCGGCUCAAGGGCCUGGCAGGAGACGACGAAGUGGUAUAUCAGCUCGAGAGAGAAACCUGAGGAGGCUGGAGAGCAAUGAGCGGGAGCGCAUGCGCAUGCAUUCGCUGAACCGAGCAUUUGAGGAAUUGCGUAGGGUUAUACCUCACGUAAAAAAAGAUAAUCGAAGUCUUUCAAAAAUAGAGACGCUGACUCUUGCCAAAAACUAUGUAAAAGCUCUUACUAACGCCAUUUGUACUAUGAGAGGCGAGGAAAUUCGAUAUCAAUUCAACGCCAGCGACGAUAAUGUUGAGCCUGUGUUCGUCUUGAGUCGUGACGAGCAAAACAACAACGUGCCAAUGGACCGUGAGGCGGAUGAGGUUCAGAUGCAGGACAGCCCUUGACGGAGACGCCGUAGCCGACGGCUGGCCCGCAACCGCGCCCAACACAAGGCCUUCAACCGAGCUUGCCGUUAAAUUGAAAUUUACGAACACUUAUUCACGGACAAUGAUAAGGCUUAUGUCUUAUUUUGUUUCUCUUUCUAUUAUUUUAGUUUACCUUAAAAAUAGGGAGAGAGGAAAAUAUAACACAGAUAAAUAAGUAUGGCUUUGUCAACGUUCGUGAAUCGACACCCUGUUCAUGAGAGCGUACUUAUGUUAUACGUACGUACUUACAGAUUAUUAUUAACGCGGUAUAUGAUAAAUUUUCGAUAAAAUGGCUUAAAGACAGUAUUUAAUUGGUAUAGUAGGUAGUAUCUAAUUGGAAAAUUAAAAAAAAAAACUAAAAAAUGUACUUUGUAAGUAACCUAUCUACUCUACACUCAGAACACAG